CAAGUAGAGGGUGAGGCUGUUACAGGGAAAGAAGAAGAGGAAGACGUUACAGUGAAAGAGGAGGAGGGUGUUACAGUAAAAGAUGAGGAGGAUUCAGUUUUUGAAGUGAAAGCGGAGGAUGGGGAGAUUACGGUCUCAUCGGAAGAAGAGGAGGAGGAAACUGGAUAUCUGGGCCCGAUUUCCCAAACGCAAUUUAAGGCAUCCAGUGGUUCUAAAGAUGAACUUAGCCAUAAGAUGGUUUUGAGAAACCGGGCCGUGAUUACCACUGGAGAGAUACGGGACUAUCGUGGAUCCUCUGGGGAGCCUCAACAACCUCAUGAUGCUGUAGAGGCAGAGAAGAGUCUCUCCAGAUCAGAACACCUCAAGAAACACCAGCAGAGAUCCACAGGGAAGGGAACUCACUGCUACUCUGACUGUGGGAAGAGAUUCACCUCAUCAGGCAUUACAUUUCACCAGAGAACACACAAAGGAGAGAAAUCUUAUAGCUGUGGUCAAUGUGGGAAGAAUUUUACUACAUCAAGCAAGCUGACAUUACACCAGAGAACACACACAGGAGAGAAAUCUUAUAGCUGUGAUCAAUGUGGGAAGAGUUUUACUACAUCUAACAAUCUGACUCUACACCAGAGAACACACACAGGAGAGAAACCUUAUAGCUGUGAUCAAUGUGGGAAGAGUUUUACUACAUCAAGCAGUCUGACUGUACACCAGAGAACACACACAGGAGAGAAACCUUAUUGUUGUGGUCAAUGUGGGAAGAGUUUUACUACAUCUGGCCAGCUAACAUUACACCAGAGAACACACACAGGAGAGAAAUCUUUUAGCUGUGGUCAAUGUGGGAAGAGUUUUGGUCGAUCUGGCCACCUGACAUCACACCAGAGAACACACACAGGAGAGAAAUCUUAUAGUUGUGGUCAAUGUGGGAAGAGUUUUGGUGCAUCUAGCACUCUGACAUCACACCAGAGAACACACACAGGAGAGAAAUCUUAUAGUUGUGGUCAAUGUGGGAAGAGUUUUGGUGCAUCUAGCACUCUGACUGUACACCAGAGAACACACACAGGAGAGAAACCUUAUAGUUGUGGUCAAUGUGGGAAGAGUUUUGGUGCAUCUAGCACUCUGACUCUACACCAGAGAACACACACAGGAGAGAAAUCUUACAGCUGUGGUCAAUGUGGGAAGAGUUUUACUACAUCUAGCAAUCUGACUCAACACCAGAGAAUACACACAGGAGAGAAAUCUUAUAGCUGUGGUCAAUGUGGGAAGAGUUUUGGUCGAUCUGGCCAUCUGACUCUACACCAGAGAAUACACACAGGAGAGAAACCUUACAGCUGUGGUCAAUGUGGGAAGAGUUUUACUACAUCUAGCAAUCUGACUGUACACCAGAGAACACACACAGGAGAGAAACCUUACAGCUGUCGUCAAUGUGGGAAGAGUUUUACUACAUCUGGCAAUCUGACUCUACACCAGAGAAUACACACAGGAGAGAAACUAAAUAGCUGUGGUCAAUGUGGGAAAAGUUUUGUUCGAUCUGGCCAGCUGACGUUACACCAGAGAAUACACACAGGAGAGAAACGUUAUAGCUGACAAGAAACAAAGAUCUCUGAUCAAAGGAGUUAUUUCGUGAUAUCAAUGAAACGAUGUCACAAUGUAGAAUGUUUUAACAUUGUAGAAGGAGUAUUUUAAUGAUGUCACCAUGUAGAAUGUUUUAACAUUGUAGUAGGAGUAUUUUAAUGAUGACCUUAUCGUUUGCCCUGUUCAAUUGAUUGCAGCAUGAUAUGUAUAUCAGCCUCAGGGGGAAAUCCAGGCUCUGAAUUGAAAGAGUACUAUUUAUGAGAUUUAACAAAAUGUGACUAACAAAAAUAGAGUUGUGUUACACUUACCACUUUGGUGACCCACUUGAAUCAAAAUGCAACACUUCAAAAUGUUUAGGUUUUCAAUUUAUCCCAAACUGUUUCUGCAUAUUGGUUAUUGAUUUGGACACGUUAAAACUGUGUUUUGACAUUGCGCUAUUCCCACUUAGCAAAAUGUAAUUGAAAAGACGUUGAAAAGAAGGCUAUCCCCGACGUCCAAUAUAUGUUCAGUUGUAGUUGAAAGUGAAAGUUAAAAAUUUUAUUUUCUGGUCGUUUUUUAAAAAAUUACUUGAAAACAACUUAAUUUCAACGUACUUGCAGCCUUAACACAUAGACGCAGUAUAAUAAAUUGGUCUAUAAUCAAUUUUAUUAACAAUCCUACAUCACUCCAGUAUUUAUUGACUACAUUCAAGUGCUAAUUGUCUUUAUUCCACUACUGAAGAAGCAUGACUCAAAUCACCUCAUAUAUUCAAACAUUCAGCCUGACAAAAGAUACAUGUUUUAUUAUUCCAUGCCUCACCCUUAUUAAGUUAAUUAUUGCCAAUAUAUAUUAACAAAGGGGUGUACAUUUGCUUUUGGUAAUUCAUGUUUACAAUUCAUGUAACAUUUAGUCAUAAUUAUUUAUGCAAUAAACUGACAAUUUUUGGGUACUAUUAUAUUGAAAUUGUUAUCCUGCUUUUAGAAUAUCAGGGAUCAUUCUCAGAUGUGCCAACCCAAAUGUACUAGAGCAGGACAUUGGGGACUGGGCCACGAUCCAACAACAUGCCUAUCGAGUGAACCCUGAAAAGAGAGAGAAGCUCGGGAUAUUGCAGGAGCUCUUGAAAUCAGACAUGACUAAUACAAUUUGAUUUGAGUUUUGUCCAAGGCGAUGAGAGUUCUAGAAGCUGGUGAGUUUCAGGAUUCUAUAGAAAGUAAUUACAUGAUUGUAUAUAUUUUUUUCAUUUAUGUUUUGAGGUUGGACUUUAGCACGUCUAGCUCGUCAGCACGUCAAGCUCGUUAGCACGUCUAGCUCGUUAGCAAGUAUAGCUCGUUAGCAAGUAUAGCUCGUUAGCAAGUAUAGCUCGUUUAGCCCGUAUAGCUCGUUAGCACGUAGGGCGCACUGAUUGGUGUCACCUCGUUAGUCAGUAUGUGUUACACCUGUGCUGGCUUGUCCAUCUCGUUAGUGGGAAGGUGUUUCACCUGAGCUGGUCCAGGUUCUAUUUAAGAGUGUCUGGCCCAGUGCUCCAGUUGUCUUGAUAGAUGUGAAGAGUCAACACCUUUAGUUGCUCCACCUUUUUGGUUUGCUUCCUGUCUUUAAGUUUGUUGUAGGUUUUUCUUUUGUUUGUCUCUUCUUGGGCAGAUUUAGUGGGUCUCAUGGGUGGUGUCUUUUAUGUCCCAGUUGUUGUUACUAGUCAACUUUCAGUCGACACCCCCAUAGUGUCUUUCAGAACCCCUCCUAAAAAAACAAGCUUAUAUUUUGGGUUGGAUAUUGCUUUCAAUUCGUGUUUUAAUCAAUGGCAUUUCCUUAGAAUGCUCAUUGGUCUUUCAGUUAAUCUUCUGUUUUUUUUGUGUACUAAGUAUUUCUGUUUAUUUUCAUUGUUUUCUCCUGUGAAGCCAUUGUGUUGCAUCCAUGUCUGAAAUGUGCUGUAUAAAUAAAGAUUUGAUUUCAACAAAUGAACCCAAUGACUGACCAAUCAACAGACCCUCCAUCUUAGAAUGAAAAACAGUAUCUAUCCCACUUUUCCAGCCUGCUGAAGGCGUGGUGGAGUGGGAAACAC